CUGGAAUCAGGCUGUUGCUGCUCUAACUCCACGACCAACAGUUGGCUCCCACUUCUCGAGACGUGGACUAAGCCAAGCCCAGGACGGCCGCCAGACCUGCCACCGCCGGGGGAAGCCGGUUCCGCCAGCCUGCUGGGUCAGACCAGCAUGUCCACAACUUUGUUCACUUUUGAUUGAAUUAACCUUUUUGUUUUAAGAGUCUGUCACGGCGGCUCUCUCUGAAGUGCCCGUGGCCCGUUCUGCUGGGGUUCCCCACGCCACCAAGAUCUGCCCCAGACUAUGAGCGCUGGUGGCCAUGACCUUCAAUACUUCCGUUUAUCACGGCCUCUUCCUCAGUAACCACUCUCUAGGAGAGUCCUCCCAUGAGUCAUCCGAGGUACUCAACAUUUCCCGUGGAUGGGAACAGAGUAACGGCAGCUCUACUCUGGGCCAGGGAGGGGACUCGAACCACUCCCGGGUCAACCAGACGCCAACAUAUGGGGCUGCAGAGUACGGCACCCUAGGGGGGCACACUGUCCUGCAGGUGAUCGUCAUCGUCUUCCUCACAGGCUGCCUGUCGCUGGUCACCGUUAUCGGGAACAUCCUGGUUUUGGUUUCCUUUAAGAUCAACAAGGCCUUGAAGACUGUGAACAACUACUACCUGCUGAGUUUGGCGUUCGCCGACCUGACCAUCGGCACGCUGUCCAUGAACCUGUACACCACCUACAUAAUCAUGGACCAGUGGGCCCUGGGGCCGGUGGUCUGUGACCUGUGGCUGGCCAUCGACUAUGUGGCCAGUAACGCCUCGGUCAUGAACCUGCUGGUCAUCAGCUUUGACAGGUUCUUUUCAGUGACCAGGCCACUGACCUACCGGGCCAAGAGGACCACCAAGCGCGCCAUGAUCAUGAUCGGGUUAGCCUGGUCCAUCUCCUUCAUCCUCUGGGCUCCAGCCAUCUUGUUCUGGCAGUACCUCGUCGGGGAGCGUACCGUCCUGCCCAACCAGUGCUACAUCCAGUUCCUCAAAGAGCCCAUCAUCACGUUCUGCACGGCCAUCGCAGCCUUCUACCUGCCCGUGACCAUCAUGUCCGUCCUCUUCUGGAAGAUAUACCAGGAAACUGAGAACCGAGCAAAGAAUCUUGCAGUCCUCGGUGGGUCUGGUUCAGGCAUGAGCCAGCCCCAAGCAGACGACAGCGCCCGUGGCUCUGGUCAGAUGAGCGGGCGCAGUGGGCAGCAUGAGUCCUCAGACUCUCUCAAUCAGAUAAACAACAUUCAGCACUGCAGCGGAAAUGAGCUGAGCCAGCAGGCUGCUGCCGGGAAACGCAAGUAUGCCGGAAAGAGCCACAGGAGCAGAUUAAACUUUUGGUUCUCAUUAAUGCUGUCUUCUUGUCAGUCCUCAAAGAGGUCUAGUACCACAACGACUGUUGGUGAGACCGAGGGCAGCAGCAGUGAGGGCUGUAACAACGAAGACAACAAGACAGACUCGGAGGAGGAGGAAGCAAAAGGAAACACUGAAGCUGUUUACUCCGUGGCUGCAGAUGUUUUUUUGCAAGGCUCAGGAGAUGAUGGGGGCCAAGGACGGACAGAAGAGGGACCAUCGGGACCAUCCAAAGACGGAGAUAACUAUGGACAGCCAAGGGAAGUGAAAGAAAAAUCGAAUGCUGAAUAUCCACCAGGUAUCGGUAUGAAAGAAGCCACAAAUGCAAAGCAACUUGUCUCCAAGCCAAAGACGCAGAUCGUCAAGCGCAAGAGUGAUAAGAAGGUGAACGAGAAGAAAGCGGCUCAGACGCUGAGUGCCAUCCUGUUUGCCUUCAUCAUCACCUGGACUCCGUACAACAUCAUGGUGCUGGUCAACACCUUCUGCCAGGACUGCAUCCCUGAGACGCUGUGGGCCCUGGGCUACUGGCUGUGCUACGUCAACAGCACCGUCAACCCCAUGUGUUACGCCCUGUGUAACAAGGAGUUCCGCAACACCUUCCGCGACAUCCUGAUGUGCCAGUGGAGUAAAAGUCAGAAGAACAAGCUUCAGUUUCAGCAGAGACAAGCGGUCGGAUUCCGUAAGAAUGAUCCAAUUUAACGGUUCUGUUGUUUGUUAUUCGGUUAAACUGAGGAGGCGCGCUAUGGCUUGUACCACUCAGCCAAUGGUAACUUUGAUCAAACUUUGAGAUGUAUCGGUGCAGACUUAAAGGUGCUGUAGGUAAGGCUUCUAUUUCAGUGUAAUAUGACAUUUUAGAAAUGGCCUAACCAUUUUAGUGAUCUUUGAGAGUUUCUGUUUUGAGUUGCAUCUGUAUGAGCCUCAGCUAAUUUCUGACCAAUUAGGGUAUCUCUUACCUGAUUGGUUUGGGGAAGGCAUCUGGCCUGUCAAUCACAGGUGUGAAAGAUAACACUUCUCAAUGGCGUAGUAACGUAGGAAGGGAUGAGAAGAAAGGGUGGGGACAUUUUGGUUCUUUGGUUUCUUGUUUUUAAAUCUUGCUCUCUCUUGAGAACUCUCAAAUCGUACCCACAGCACCUUUGAUUUAACAUGCUGGCUUCAAUUUGAAGACAAGAAAGUUCUGCUCUUUGGCCUUUCUUGAGAAACCACAUCGCAAGUCGUUGAUAGGGGGAAAGAGCUCAUGCCUCAGCACAGAUAACACCAUUUACACAUAUACUCCAUUUACACAUGGUAUGUGUGUACAUGUAUAAUCUGUGUGUAGUUAUGUGAUUUAUAGCAUAAUAACACAGUAUUAAUUCCAAUGCUACACUCCACCUAGGGACUUUGGCUAAACUCCUCCAAACAAAGGAAGCAUGCUGGUGGUGUUGA